AUGGGCAACGCAGUCUCGAACUUCGUCCAGAAAGCCGUCGAAGCUGUCAAAAAUACCGUGUCAGACAUGUUCCGCAGCAUCGCGCCCCCAAUUGUCCGCUACGUCGUCGAGCAUCCGAUUCGCACUCUUGGCCAUGUAGGCAGUGCUGCUCUCCUCGUGGCCCCUGGCAUCAUUACGGCCCCGUUGCUGGCUGUCGCUGGUUUCACGGGAAGCGGGGUUGCGGCAGGAUCGCUUGCUGCUGCCGUACAAUCGGGCCUGGGAACUGUGUCUGCAGGAAGUACCUUUGCCGUCUUGCAGUCAGCUGCGGUGAGUGUUGAUCACAUGGUGUUAUGA